AUGGCCACCUCUGCCACCACGCAGCCCGACUCGUCCGCGCUGGACGACUUACCGCAAGAAGUGCUCAUCAGGAUCGCCUCCUUCCUCACCACGGCAGAACUUGGACCCUUUCGGCGCACAUGCCAACAAAUCGAGACGAAGCUGUUCAACACAUUCGCCAACGAGUUCUUCACAAAGCGUCAGUUCAUGCUCGAGCACGAAAGUCUUGAUGCACUUAUUGGCAUCUCUCGCCACCCUGGACUGGCAGCCAAGCUCACGGAGGUCAUCAUCGGAACACAGACACUAAGUGCAGGCGUCGGGCUGGUCCACGACCGGAUUCUGCAUGGCCGCCUGACUCGCGAUGUACUUCUCCAGACAGGCGCCGCAUGUGAGAUGCUUGCUGAAGCCUUUUCUAAGCUACCCAACCUGCGUUGCGUGGGUCUGAGGGACUACGAUGGCGCUGGACGAUUUCGAGAUGGCCUCAAUGCUCGCUGGCGGUCAUGGGGUUGGUCAUUCGGCUUCAGGGGCGCAUUACAGGAUCCGGGUCAAGUACUCCCUGUCUUGCUCACUGCUCUCGGAAGAGCUCAGGCUCGUCCAACCAACAUCGAAGUGAUUCUACGCCGCCUGCCGCACUUGCCGUUUGACUCCUUCCUUCUGCCUCCGACCGCGUCUGGUCAGAGUAUACGUGCAGUGCUGGCAGAGACCAACACUCUUAUGCUCUCUAUUGGCGGCGGCGCCGGUACAGCAGCCGACCUAGCUCCAUGGGCCACAUACAACGACCACAAUAGCUUCGAAGCGCCUCUUCGUCAAUUCUUGCACACCGCCACGAACUUGCAGUCACUGCGACUCAACUUCGUGACCGACCAGUUCAUGGGACAGCGGUCCAUUGAGUGGCUUUCAAGACCUGUCUCAGCCACAAGCGGCCACACGGAUAUUCUCCACACCCCGUCGGUCCAGCUCGCUGCACUGAACAGCCUCGAGUUCGGCAUGGCGAACGUUCCUGGUGAUGUGCUGGUACGAGCGCUGACAAAAUUCAACCUAAAGUCGAUCAGCUUGUGGAAGAUGACCUUGCAAUGCCCUGCACCAGACAGUCUAGCCAGCGACUGCUGGGCCGAUUUCCUGAAGCAGCUGUCAGCAGCAUUACCACCCACAAGCCCUCUUCGCUACAUAUCGAUCGGAGCGGCUUCGCAAUACCAUUACACGCCAUCCCAACCGCGCAGCCACAAUGCUGCUGUGGCAACGAAGUUUGUGCCGGAGGGCACAGCUGAGACUGAGAAGGCCAAGGCGUCCAAGGACGAGACCAUCGCAUUCAAGGCACAAUUUACCAACAAGAGUGCCCAGCAGUGGCUUCGAGACAUGGCCGAUUUGACCUUUGUGCCGGGGAUCCAUAGCAGUCCCUCAUCGUCGCCGGUCAGCAUCGACAGCUCGGAUUCGGAGGAUCUUGCGGAGAGUGAGGACGAGGACGACGAGGAUGUCUAA